CGUGCAGCGACCGGCCCCGCCCCUUUCGGGCGGAGCUUCGAGAAGCCGCGGGCAGCCGUCCGCCGGCAGGGAGCUGCUGCUGGUGCUGAGGCGGCUGCACCGGCGGCUCCGAGGCCGAGACAGAGGCGGGGGUGCGCGCCUGGCGAACGUGCCCGAUCCGCUCGGCUCGGCUGCGCCAUCCCUUGAGUCCGCCUAGGCGUCUUGACGGUUGUGUGCCCUGGCCCGGCGAGGAUGCGGCUGUUCCGGUGGCUGCUGAAGCAGCCGGUGCCUAAGCAGAUUGAACGCUACUCGCGUUUUUCGCCAUCGCCGCUCUCCAUCAAACAGUUCCUAGACUUUGGGAGAGAUAAUGCAUGUGAGAAAACUUCAUAUAUGUUUCUACGAAAGGAACUUCCUGUACGACUGGCUAACACAAUGAGAGAAGUUAAUCUUCUGCCGGAUAAUUUACUUAACCGCCCUUCAGUGGGAUUGGUUCAGAGUUGGUAUAUGCAGAGUUUUCUUGAACUUUUAGAAUACGAAAAUAAGAGCCCUGAGGAUCCACAGGUCUUGAAUAACUUUCUACAAGUUCUGAUUAAAGUCAGAAAUAGGCACAAUGAUGUGGUUCCUACGAUGGCACAAGGAGUGAUUGAAUACAAGGAGAAGUUUGGGUUUGAUCCUUUCAUUAGCAGUAACAUCCAGUAUUUUCUGGAUCGGUUUUAUACCAAUCGCAUCUCCUUCCGCAUGCUUAUUAACCAGCACACACUUCUGUUUGGAGGUGACACUAACCCUGCUCAUCCUAAACACAUAGGAAGUAUUGAUCCCACCUGUAAUGUGGCUGAUGUGGUGAAAGAUGCAUAUGAAACAGCCAAGAUGCUAUGUGAGCAGUAUUACCUGGUAGCUCCAGAGCUGGAAGUUGAAGAAUUCAAUGCCAAAGCUCCAGACAAACCUAUUCAGGUAGUUUAUGUGCCCUCACAUCUGUUUCACAUGCUGUUUGAGUUGUUCAAGAACUCAAUGAGAGCAACAGUUGAACUCUAUGAAGAUAAAAAAGAGGGCUACCCAGCUGUUAAAACCCUUGUUACUUUGGGGAAAGAAGACUUAUCCAUUAAGAUAAGCGACCUAGGUGGUGGUGUCCCACUUCGAAAAAUAGAUCGGCUUUUUAACUACAUGUAUUCAACUGCUCCCAGACCCAGCCUGGAACCUUCAAGAGCUGCCCCUUUGGCUGGAUUUGGUUAUGGUUUGCCAAUUUCUCGUCUGUAUGCUAGAUAUUUUCAGGGAGAUCUAAAACUGUAUUCUAUGGAAGGAGUUGGUACCGAUGCUGUCAUUUAUUUGAAGGCUCUUUCAAGUGAAUCAUUUGAGAGACUUCCAGUUUUUAAUAAGUCCGCAUGGCGCCAUUACAAGACCACACCUGAAGCUGACGACUGGAGCAAUCCCAGCAGAGAACCUAGAGAUGCUUCCAAAUAUAAAGUUAAACAGGACAAGAUCAAGACUAAUAGAACUUUCUAGAGAACUGAAUGCUCUGAUCCUCUCUGUGAAGAAAGAUUGUCAUCUGCAAGUCAACCAGAGAGGACUCCUUCCACCAACUCUGAGCGUGGCACCAUAGUUAUUCCUAGUGCUUGAAUAUAUAUUGUCUCCAUACCACCUGGACCUUUCCACGGAGUUUUUCCUGUAGUUACUUCAGAUCUUCCACUAAAGUAGUAACUUGAGUAAUUUUGCAUAGUAUCUUGCUGUGGUGUGGUUGGCGCCUGUCACAGAAGAGCACAGAGCCUCCCUGGAGCUCUUGUGCCCUCCUGCUCUCCAUCUCGUCAGUCAUUGUAGAGUCUCUAGUGUCUACAGUGCCCCCAGGGUUUGAGCUCCUCCCCCAUUCCAGGAACAGCAGAUCCUACUGUUGCUCUUUGUGACCAAAUACCGUAUUUGUCCCAAACCUCCAACUAGGGCCUUGGGAACCUGGAGGUGGAAGACAUCAGCUGAGCAUGCCUUGAGGAUUCAGUCCCAGGGCCCUUCCUCUCUCCUGUGCAUCCCUCCUCCAUUCUCUGAUUUAGACUCUGCCUUCUUCUGUCUGAUCGGAUUCUCAUUGUGAGGUGUGGCUACUUUCAUGUUAGAUCUUACUCGUUGAUGCCUUGGUUUUAUUUUAAAAAUCGUUCAUGUAUUUCUGUUGAUUAAAGUGCUCCAAAAGUUAUCUUGAAAUUUUUCACUUAACUGCUGCUUGGUUUCACAGAUCUUAGAUGAAAAGUUGCCUCCUAGUCAGUAUCAAGUUUGUAGAGUGGGAAGUGGAGUUUUUAUGCUUCUGUCAGACUUUCAUCAAUCUAAUAUUAUACCUUUGUCAUAUUAUACUCCUUUGUAGUCUUCUAAUGAAUUGGAUUUUCCUGUGUGAUGCACUUUACUAGUUGUAAAAUAGACUAUCUAGUUGCUGUUGAAAAAUGCUCUAGGUCUUCAUAAUUUUCAUUUUCAUUAAUUUUAGCCAGUUUUAGAAUUGUCAGUGCAAUCUGAUUUUCACAAUCCUUUAUUUUAGCAGUAAAAGUUGAAAGUAGCAAUUGGUAGAGGGCUUGGAUAAGGAAAGAGGAAUGAUGUUAUAUUUACCGUUAGAAAUAGAAGCCAUCUAAGAGUCCAGAUUAAAACCAACAUCUUACACAGCUCCACAGGAUGUGCUUCUCUUCACGACAGUUUUUCAUAUGUAUCAUCUACUCUGCCUUCUGCCCUCUUUUUUAAUGUUCAUGUAAACGUUUCAGUCCAAGUUUUAAGUAUUGAGUCCACUGUUUUAGAAGUUUUAACUUGCUAACUAUUCCUCCUCUUUUAGUCAUUUGAUAAUAUCAAUGCACCUGUCCCCAGUGCCACAGCAGUGGGGGAUUUUUCCCUAGGAGGAGUUGUGCUCUGACCAGCUGCAUGUGUCUCUGUUACAUCUCUAUUUCUCUUAGUUUCUCUGAGUCUGAUUUUCUUUCAUUUCUUUAUAUUACCUGAGCUUAUGAUAGUUCUCUUCAUCUUUAGAAAGAUCUCAUCUCUUCCAUCCCUAGAAGCAUCUCAACAGGGAACUCAUAUAUAAUGAGUCAGGUAAAAGAAAUACCAAUGUACUUCUGAGAGAAUGGUUAAGAGAUGGGUCGUAUGUCAGCCAGUUGGUUUGAGGACCGACCAAGUCAGUGUCUGCCAGAUGAGACUGUUCCAUGUGAUUAUUUUUGUGUGCUGUAAAAGAUUUAAAAAGAAUGGUCCUUAACAUUUAAAGACCCUAGCUUCCUUACAAACAUUAGAUAGUAUAUCAGUAUCUAGGCCUCAGUUUCCCACCAUACUCCUUUAUAUUUUCAAGUCUGAUACACUGUAGGAGAAAGGAGACAAUAGAUUUAAGUCAUGCUACCCACGACCUUGUUCUGGCAGUGUCUUUAUUGUUUGCUACACCCUCAUAAGCAGCACAUGGAAGGGUUAAAUAUGGAAAAUGUGUAGAAAAAUCCUGUCACAUUCUUCCCUUGUACAAGCCUUUUUCAAAAUAAAGAUGUAUUUCAGUGUUGUGGUACCCUAAUCGGUAGUCUUUUACUAACAUACUUUUUAGCUUACCCAUCUCCAUCUGACUUGGACUUAAUCUUGCUUUUCCUGUCUUUGUUUUCUCCGUUAAGAAUUUGUCUUUGCUUUUAAAGUAACCACAAGAAGAGUUUCAGGAACAUCUUGCAUUCUCACAGUUUACCAAGUAUUUAUUUAUCACUUUUCAUCAGCUAUCUAUGAUUCUCUGAACUUACAUCCUCUAGCUGUUUGCUGGCUUUGUCUAUAAGCAAAUGGUGAGAUUUUUAUAUAUAGGUUGUAACAUAAAUAGACAUUGACCCUUUUUCAGCUCAAUUCUUUCCCUAUCCUCUGUAUUCCCCUCUCAUUUACUCUGUUUUAAGUAUUUGGGGGUCCAUGUCUAUUAUUUGAAAUCGUGCCUGUCACAUAGUAGGUAUUUAAUAAAUAUUAGUUGAAUCAAAGAAUGAAAACUGACAGACAUUUACCUUAGGUUGUGGAGCAACAUCUAGUUCUUAAACCAUCAUUGCCUCCAAAUUAAAAAUAAUUCAGGUCAGGAGCUGUGGAUGGACUGAAAUUUCCUUUCUGUAGUGCUAAGUGAUGACUUUAAACUGUAGAGAAAUGAAAGAAAGAAAUAGGGAUGGAUCCACAGGAGCCACCUGGUCCUUUCUGUCUCUAUUUUGGCUCCUUAAUAUAGGGGUUCUUUUCAUCCAAACAUCAUGUGGUUUUCCAGCGUUGCUUAUAGAUGCCAAAGAACUUUCACUUACAUAACCCCUUUGAUCCUUAUGAUGCUAUGAGAUGGAUCGUGCAGGUGUAUCUUUAUUUUUCAUAUGAAUCCCAAGACUUAAGUGGUACAAAGGUGGCCUGGUAAGUGAAUGGAAGAACCAAAGUGAGCAGCUGGGUGUUCUCGCUCCUAGGCUAGUGCUUUGAACAGUACACCAGGUAAUUCACAUUAUCUCUUUUGAGGAAUUUCCUGGGUAUACUAAUCCUCAAGGGUAAGCUCUAAACCAAAAAUUUUCUAUUGUGCAAGGUAAUUCUGUUCAAGUGAGGUUUUCUUUUGUGUGUUUCCAUUUUGGCAUAGUUAGAAGAGAUAAUCAAAUGGAUUUGGCAGCUUUUACCUAGAAAGACAGGCAACUUAAACUGUAUAGGUAAUUACGAGAGUUAUUUAGACUUAAUUCUAUGUUUGAAUGAAUUCAGUGUUCACUGCCAGCCUUUUCAUACAAAGACUCCGCUUUUAUCUUUCGGUGGACUGGAUUACAGCUUCGGUUAGAUUUUUCUUGCAUAUUUACAAAUGUAUUUCUGUUGCCGUUCCUUAUGAACAAUAACUUGGCUGGCUAUUGGAUUCUUGGAUCAGAUCCAUUUUCCCUUGAUUCUUUGGAGCUGUUGCUUUAUUGUUGUCUAAAUCUGGUGGUGCUGAGAUGUCUGAAUCCAGACAGAUUUUUCUUCCUCUCUUGUGAAUGCCCUGCUUGUUCACCUGGAUACUUGUGAUUCUUUGUUUAUUCUUGAAAUUCAGUAACUUUAUUUGGGUAUGUCUCAGGAUUGACUGUUGUCUGUUGGCUUUUCUGGUGCACAGUGAGCAUUAGAUAUUGUCACUUAAGGCCUUUCUGCAUUUUGUAUUGGUUUAUUCUCUCCUCCUCAAGGAUUUGUCCUUAUGUUGGCUCUCUGUUAACUGUCCUUCAUAUUUAUCCCUAGAUGGCUUUCAUCGCCUUAUCUUUCUUCAUGCUGUGGGAUUUUUUUUCUCAAGUUUUGUCCUUGUCAUUGACUGACUCAGUUUUCUGUAUCAUUGAUUCUGGGCCUUGUUGCUUAUAAUGUUGCUUUCACUUCUGUUUUAUUUUUUAUCUGUCUUUCCUUAGCUCAUUAUGUUGUUCUCUUUGAUUCCUUAUUUCAUUUCUUUGAGGUCUGGACUAUUUUAUCAGAGAUUUUUGUGGUUUCCAAACUCAUUCUUUUUCCACAAUGUAUUAAUAUGUAUCUGUCUUUUGCUUCUUUCAUUCCUUUCCUUGUAUUGUUUUGCUUUUAUAUUGCUGCACAAGUAUCAUGCUGACCCUUUCUGCUUGUUAUUUGUCUUUGCAUGGGACCAAUUCUAUCUGCCCCCAAACAGUGUGGGUAAAUCCUUCCUGACUCCUCCUUUUUGAAGUGAAACUUUUUUGAAUGAUCACCUGAGCACCCAAACUGUGAUGAGUUGUAAUGGUGGAAACUGUUUUUGGUUUUCAUUCUGCUAUUUGGAUGUAGGGGAAUAAGGAGUGAUGCAAAGUGUCUUCUUGGGAUAUGUUGUCUCUAAGUGCCUUCUGUGGAUGCUGUUGAAUCCUCUGCCCCGGGGGUGGCCAGGUCCCACUGGGAGAAAGGGAUUCCCUUUACAUUUCCCCAUUCCUACUAGUUGUCACCCUGGCAAGGGUGCGGUAGGUUUCUGCUUGUGCUCUGCUGGAUUAUAUGUAGUUAGCAUUUGUGCGAUUGGCUCCUGAGUUACUGUUUCUCCUUUGCUCCUGCUUCCUGCCACACUCUCCCUCUUUAAGAUGCCAGAGGGAAUGAACACAAAUGGUGCAUCUGAGAUCUGAACCUCCCCUCCUCGUUUUUGUUUCUGGAAACAUGCCCACGCAGAGCAGAGUGCACUCAGCUUCUUCUGACUGCUGCCAGUCCCUGUUAAGCCAAGUUAAGAAAUGAUUGGUAGAGUUCUUGGGAGCCUUCUCAUGAACUGCCCAGUAACUUUGGCCUGCUGGAGACUGGGAGAAAUGCCCGGCAAAUGCGAGAAGCCCUCUUUGUCUCAACUUCAUUGUAUCUGUCAGAUAUUCCCCUGGAGUCCCCGGUAUGAGGUUGUGGCUUCAUUAUAGAUAGCUUCUUGUUCAACUUUUGGAUGUGUGUUUUGGAGGGCAGGAGCACUUAUAUAAACAUGCAUUUAUCCUGUCAUGUUUCCCAGCAGUCCAGGUGCUUAAACAUUGACUUUAAAGAUAAUGUCCUUUAUAAUCUAUAUGUUAGCAAACAGAAGGAGCCAAUAUUGCCAGCAGGAAGGGACCAUUAACAAUUUAAUCAGUACAGGAUUUUUGUUUGCUGUUCUGCGUGGAAAGAUAACUUUUAACUCAGGUUCCUGUCUCAUUGAUUAGAGAGAUCUGUACCUCCUGGUUUGAAAAUCAGGGACAUGUGACAUUUUAAUGAAGUUAUCAGCCAUUGAUAAUUAUUAAUUAGUUGAUUAAAUAUGAUAGAAUAUUUCAGGCUAGCACAUCAUCAGAGUUAUCAAGAGACAUUUAAACUCGUCUUACAAGUUGCUAGUUGAGCUGUCCCACUGAAGGGAUUAACCCUUCUGAGAGCUUUACUGUCACACAGGUUUUCAUACCUGUCAUUUCAAUCAACCCAUUUUAAGAUUUGGUUUAUUAAGAAAUAGAAAAGUGUUAAGCUUUCAUCAGAGUUUUUUGUUGUUGUUGUUGUUAGUCACCAAUAUAUAUUCAAAUGGUCUGUAGACCUGGGGCCUACCACCAAAGCACACCCAGUUAAUGUUUUAAAAGUGUGUUUGUAGGAAGAUCACAGAGGAUGGGGAUUUUAUUUGUCUGGUUUGUAGGAUUGACAUGUCCUUGCCUCCGUGGUCAGCAGAUCACCACUAGCCAAGCAGCAGCAAACUUUUGUCACCUUCAGAGUUCCAGCGUAAUGAUUAAGGAACACGAAUGACAGCCUUGCUGUAGUCACCAACCUCUACCCUAGGCAGUACCUUCCCCAGAGGCCAGAGUUUUUGCCCUAGUGUCUGUCCUGGUGUGAAAUGGAGAAUUGAAGACAGGUACCCACAUGUAAGAGAGACUGAUGAACUGAAGGUGGCAGACAGAGGAGUCCUAUGAAGGAAAGCUAUGUUCAGUCCUCCAUUUAGAUAAUGUCCAUUGUCUGCUGUGUGCUAGAAACUCUGCUAAAUGCUAGGCACGUGGCAGUGAUCAAAGCAGACAGAAAUCCCUGCCUCAUGAGCCCAUUGUCCUAUUAGGGGAGACAGACUGGAAACAAAAUCAGGAAAUUGUAUAGUACAAUUGGGAGAUAAGUGCUAUGGAGAAAAAUAAAGCCAGGAAGGGAGAUGCCGAGGGCAGCUUCAGACCUUCUAAAUGUUGUUUUCAUCAUGGACAAGUAUGUUCCUUAGAGGAGGAGGUAUCAGUGAUUUCUGAGUUCUUUUCACCUUUGUAUUUAUUGAUCUGAAUUUGGAGAGUCUGUCUUCUGUGCCUGGCUCUGCAGGGGACCCCAUCGAGGUCCCUGCACAGUGGCUUUGGGAAGACAGAAUGGACUGAGCUCGUUUCAGUUUAUUGUCUUGCUGACCAAUGGGGAGCAGUGGUCGAUGAGAGGAUUCGGCUUUUACAAUCAAAUUUCAUUGAACAGUGUGGGCUGCUGUUUCCUCUUAACAAAAACACAAUUACAGCAGGUUCUGGGCCUGUCUUUUUAGGACUUCAGAAAUCAUUAUUUAAAUACAAGCUUUAAGAUCUGGAUGAUGAUGUUGGAGCUAAAAUAGCUACUUGUCAGAAGGAGAGACCCUAUUUAACAUUUCCAAACUCGUUUUAGAGGUGGAGGAAAGGAUUAUCCAAGAAGGCUUCCCUCCUAAACCUGAAAACUGUAGUCAGCUGUAUUCACCCCCCGGAAAUGAAGAAAGCGAUAUUUUGGUCACAGAAUUUUUGAGAAACCUCUCUUUCCGUCUUUUCAUCUGUCUGUAAAAUAGGGACAUGAAUUCUCCAUGAUCCCGGUGAUAGGGUUACGGUGGCCAAGACACGGGCUGUCACUUUGUGUGUGACACAGGUGGCACUCCACAGCUGUCCCUCUUUCCCCCAGAGAGAACAUCAAAGCCACAGUGGGCACUCACAGUUCUCUACACUUGCCUGGUCGCCCCUGGGCUGGAGGUAGGGCUGAGUUGAGUUAAAUCUCCAGCAGGGGGAGGUUUAACUGACUGGAGAAGAUGGGGUGCAUUUAGUUAUUCCCAUCAGUAGGGCCAAUUUGUCACCCUUUAAAUUAACUUAUUUUCAUAUAAGCAAAAGCACCUUGGGGCAUCAUUACUGAAAGUCUCCAAGAAAUUAUCUGAUACAGUUAUGUGCCUACAUUAGAAGAAAGCCCCCCCCUUUAUCUCGCCUUAAUAUCCCUUAGUGUUUUAAUAAGUCCAAAAUGCAUCCAGUGUGUGCAUUUCUUUUCAUAAAACACCCAUGGCGGAGAAUUGACUUCAGUUCUCUCCAUCUCUUCCGCUUCAGUGUCGGGGCAGCAUACCUCUCAAUUGGAAGUGGUGACUUUAGUCCUUGCUAGAGGUCUGCUUGUCUCUUGAAAAUGCUAAGAAGCAGAGCUUGAUGUCUGGAGGCCCAUGGUCUAAUCUAGACUAUUGGGCAUUUUUUAAAAUGGUAGAGCACUGAGAUAGUAAAUUUGUGAUAAUGCUGAAUCCAGGAAGCUUAUAGUGGAAAGAGUAUGAACUUAACCUGAAAAAUAUUUCUCUGUUCUAUAAAUCUCUCAGUGACAUUUGGAUUAAUCAAGCAUAAUUAAAUGUAGUUAGAUUUUUGUCAGAUUGUAGUUCAAAAUAAUAUUCAUCUAUGGAGAGGGUAAUAUAUUCUGUAGAAAUUUUAUUAAGCACUUUAGUUAAGCAAACACUAAGGAGAACAAAAUCAGCCGCAGGAAGGUUAAUUACUAAAAAAAACACAAAGUAUAGUAGAUUAUGUAAAUCAUUUUAAUUUUGAAUACCAUGGCUUGAGUUUUAAUUUACAUAGAGAAGUAUUUUGGAUUUGUUUUUCACAUUAUAUUUUCCAAAAGUACAGAAUUGCAAUUGCAUUCUUUAAAAGUUCUACUUAUUUUAGGAUUCCAUUAAGUUUGCUGUUAUUCAUGUUAUAGUUUCCAAAUGUGAAGAAUUACAGUUGCAUUCUAGCUAAUUAUUUUAGGAUUCCACUAAGUUUAUGUAAAUUGUAAGAACUGUAUUUUUAGUUCUUUAUAAGUGAUGGUUGUAAGAGAAGUAUCGGGAGAGAGAAUGUGUGUGAAAGCCUCCCGUGUGUGUCUGGGCUCACAAUAAAUGUUCAUUUAAAAGAAAAAAAGUAACAAAGGUAAAACAAGAGUUUAGACUAUAGUGAUAAAUCUUUUUAUUUUAGUAAUUUCUUUAAAAGAAAAGGUAAAGAGAACAAAUUGAUUUUAUAUGUAUAUUUUUUUGUACUCAGAUAAUUACGUUUUCACUACCCUAGCCUGUCUCAGGGAAUAGCCUUUGAUAAGAAUCCCACGGAAAUCUCUGGAACUUUAGCAUGGUGUGUUCAGAUCUGAUAGUUCUUAUCUAAAUUUCAGAGAUAGAGUUUAAAAAGUAUCACAAUCUCAGGAGCAUAAGAUUAUCCAAGAAACCUGAACCUUGCUCUUUUCAUGAUAAAGGACAACCAAAUUUCCUUUGUCUAGAAGGUAAACAAAGAUCUCUGUAUCAUGCUUCUCUGAGAUUCCCAUAGAAAAACCCUGCAAUUUGAUUUUGUUUGAUAAUUUUGCUUCUUAGCUUUUCAGUGAGGAUUGUGUUUUCCAUUAGGACUGAUUCCUUUGGGGAUAAACUUUCACUUAAAAGAACAUUCCAUUAAAUAAUUCUAACUUCUGUUAACUUAAAAGUGGCAUGUUCAUGUGAAUUUUCUGGCUAACUGUUACAAAUGGGCCAAAACAGCACAAAUGUCAAAGAUCAUAUAUAUACAAAGCGAUGUUUGCCCUGCAGCUAGCAAAGUAAAGAAAUGUCUAAUUCUGAUGCAUCGAACUGAUUUAAUUGUUCUCCAAUUCAUCUUGGUGUUCCAAAUUGGUUGAAAAUGGCAGACUUAGAGUGGAAUGCUUAUUAAUAACAGAACUACUUAAUGUUUUAAAAUAUUCUUACCUUGAGAUUCUUUUUGAGGGAGUAAAAAGAAUAUUAACAUUUAAUUCUAACUCUGUUCUGGCUGUUCACAUAAUGCUAGACAUUUAAAAGGCAGUUACAGAAGUUAAAUCCCAUUGGAAGUCAGUGGCGUGGUGUCAUAGGAGUUUGUGAAAACAGGUAGGAUGAAUAUAAAAUGUUCUAUUGUUGUUUAUAUCAUGGCACCCCUUUCUCACAAAUUCCAUUUUCUUUUUGCCGUCUGAACUUAUAAUCGUGGGUAACCUCAAUCCGUAUUUUAAAAGGUACUAUAUAUUUACAGUAAAGACUUGGCUUAUGCCUUUAUCUCUAAAAAGUCAAGGUAAUAUCCCACAUGUUUAAUUACAAUGUUUUAGAAUCUUUACAGCUAAGGCUUAUAACUGUAGGCAUCUUAAAAAACUUGAGACUGCCUGCAACUGAAGAGGAACCAGGUAGAAUCUUCUCGGCCUCGCUCGCUGACUGCUCUCAGGAGGCAGGUUUUGCCUGGCUGUCGCAACAAGCAUGCAAAGCAAAAUAAAAGGGGCUUGACAAGGUCCUAGAUCUGUUCCCUUCUUCCCUAGAUGCCUGGGUAACACUUCCUGGGGAACGCAUCACAUUAAGUCCUUCGGUAUCUUGCUUUUCAUUUUGAAAAGUUCCUGUUAGAGCUGAUAUGUGAUUUUGACCAAUAAGUUGUACAUAUACAUAAAAACAUUUUUUAGAUUAAACUAAAUGUAUCUUGACUCUUGAAUGGACAGCCAAGGCAAGGUUUACCUAGAAAAUAUAAAGUACUGAGUAUUUAAAAAUUUUAAAUUGACUUUAUUCCGUGUGGGCGAAUUGAGAUUUAUUGCCUCCUUUGUUUCCAUUACAUUCCUUGUUAGAAUUAUGAUUCUCUCUUCUCAAUUACAACAUUUAUACCCAUGAGUCUGAGUCUGACCUGGUUCGCUUCAUGCCUCUGUCAGCUUAGUUACGGUGAUAAAUGUACACACAUGUUCACUGUUCCCAAGCAUCUUUGUUUGUAGAAUGGAGCCUGGCCCCCCAAGUUCUGUAGCCUGGCUGGUAAUGCCCUGUCAUGAGUGAGGGAUGACUUUGUUUUGAGACAAUUUGUCAUUCCGUGUUCCAUGGAGAAAAGUGUUUUGUUGUGAUUGUUGGAAAAACAUGGCCAGAGAAGUGUGUGGCUCAGAUAAUGUUCCCCAGAAGUUGCAGCGCAAUCUGUGGUGUCCGUCAUAGCCAAACUAGUCCUGGAGCACAGGGACAAUUCUGUACCCCAAUAAUCAGAACAAUAAAAGUGGUAGUUGUGAUUC